AUGCCUCCCGCGUCGAACAUGCGCAAGUCGUCGAUGCAGACGGUGGGCCUCGGCGACUCUCAUCGCGGCAAUGCCUUCAACUCGACGACUAGCAACGGCGUUCCACCCCGACGCACCACCGCCAGCGGCCGCACGAUACGACAGAACACCACCCGUCCGGCCAACUACUAUGCGCGUCCCUUUGGCUCCAUCAGCACCGCCGCUGGUCACGACAACGAUGCCGACGAUUCUGGCAACGCUCAGCCGCCCGGCUUCUACCCUGCGAUCCAAUACUUCACCGAUGCCAUCGCCGCCCUCCCGAAAGAGGUCAUGAAGCAGUUUACGCUGGUGAAAGAGGUCGAGGCAAAGGUCUACAGCGGAAACGAGAAGCUGGGAGAGCUUAUCGACGGCCUGAUGGACCAACCUGUGCCUCGGCGCAAGCAGGGCACGAGCUCUGCGGCGGCAACUACAGCUGCGCAAGGCCUCAUGAGCAUGACGGCCAAUAACAGCACUAGCGGCAGCACGAAUGCCAGCAUGGUCAAUGGCGCACCUGGUAGACACAACAGUGCGCAGCCGUCCAUGGCUGGAUCUGGCAACGGAGAGGAGGUCGCCGAUACUGAAGAAGAGGGCGCAAGACGAUCGACGUAUUACCAGCUUCGGCUGUUGACACAUAGUUUGUUGGCCAAUUUAGAUGAGAAGAACGUCGUGCUUGCAGAGGCAAAUCGAGUUUUGGCUCAGCAGGAAUCCCGUCUAGACUCAGUGUGGCCUCACGUAGAGGGCGAGCUUCACGAGGAGUCGCGAAUGGGAAGCAUGACGCACUGGGCAUACAGCGAUAACAGGCAGAAGACGAAAGCCGGUGCUCCUGGAGCUGCAAACAGAAGAGAUGUGGCUGCGACGAACAAUCUGGCUGCUGCGGCAAGCCUGUUCCACGAGAACGAUAUUGCGAACAUGAGAGAAAAGGCCAACAGAGAGGUAGCUCGCGAGAAGACGAAAGGUAAAAGAACAGAGCCUACUCAGGACUCAGACUUUGACGAUAAGCCGAAGAAGGGCCCAAAGGGCGGGAAAGGGAAAGCUGCUGCAAAUGCUGCUGUGGCUGCGACAGGACUAGGCAUUUCGACGAAUGGAGAGCCGGCGACGAAAAGGAAAAAGACGGAGAAGGGAAUGACGGUACCGUCUAUGGAGCGCCAGCCAUCUACUCAAGGGAAGGGCAAGGCAGCCCGAGAAGCUCCACGAAGUACCCCGACGACGGAGCCAGCUGGUGGCAAGAAACCAAAGUCAAAGCCUGGUCCGCCUCCUGGGAGGAAGAAGCCACCUGUCUCAGCUCACAAUAGCCCAAUGCUUGCGAGCAGUCCACUGGCAUCGAACUUUGCCCAGAUCAGCGUGGAGUCUGGUGCUGCUGCAAGGCCUCAAAGCGCGCGGUUACGACAGAAUAGCACUGCGACAAACCUCAGACACGAGAGAGUGCAAGAGGAGGACUCCAGUAGCAGGCCAGCUUCUGCUGCAGGAAAACCAAACGGAAACGCGGAGAAGACGAAUGGUAGAAGGAAGGUGCAAGAGACGACCGAAGAGCAUGACGAACCAAGCGCGGAUGAUCGGACGGCCAAGCAGCUUCAAGGAGCAAGCGAGAAGCUCAAGAGAGAAGACACGGAAAUACCUGACGCUGGUGGAGAGCGCCAGAUGCCCAACUCGAGAUCGGGCUCGAAUAGUCGCAAAGGUAGUGGCCGGCAGUCGAAUGUUGGCACACCUCGAACCGAUACAUUCUCUGGAGAACCAGCCGCCAUGCUGCGGUCCCGGAGUACUAGGAGUAGACCGGGUGCAAGAGAGGACUCAAGUUCGGUCGAGCCACCGGUGCAAGGAGCUGGGAACGGCCGGCACAAACGUAACAUGUCGAACAGUCAUCUCGUCAAGCAGCUGGCCCCAUUCAAUAAGAGUCCUGAUUUGGAUCGACACAGAAAUCGUGAUGAUAUCGAUGACGAGCCGGAUUCGGAUGACAGAGAGUUGAACAAUGAAGGACCCGAGCGCGGAGACGAGCCGCCGCCGCAAGAACAAGAUGAAGCGCAACAGGCUGUUGAUCGGGAACCGCGUCGCUCUAGUACAAGACGCCCCAUCUCACGAAGGAACACGGUCAACACCGUUCGCUCAUCACCUGCUCCCAACUCCCGCGAAUCUAGUUCACCUGUCUCGCCACCAUCUACCAGCACUCAUGGCCGCACCACUACCCACACCAGCCAGCCUCCUCCUCCUCCUCCUCCUCCGCCUCCGGCUGCCGAGCCUGAGCCAGAACCUGCCGAGGAAGAAGACGACGAGUCAGAGCACGAUCCAGACGACCCCGAUGAGCCGAAGUAUUGCUAUUGCAAUCGCGGCUCGUAUGGCGAGAUGGUCGCUUGCGAUAACGAGAGCUGCCCGCGCGAAUGGUUCCAUUUGGGUUGUACGGAAUUGCGGGAGGCGCCGAGUGAGGAGGAUAAAUGGUACUGUAGGGAGUGUCGACCGGCGUUUACUGGGAGAGGGAGGGGUGUAAGAGGCGGCCGAGGCAGAGGGAGAGGGCCGUGA